AGCAUGUGGCCAGCAGCAGCAGCAGAAGCAGCAGCAGCAGGCCUGAGACGAACGGCUGCAGCUCUUUUACAGACGAUGCAGCAUCUAGAGGAGUAGGCACAAGAUCACCGGGUACCGCAAGUGCUGCUGCUGCUCCUGCUGCUGCUGCUGCUGCUGCUGCUGCUGCUGCCGCUCCCAGCGUUGUUGCUGUCAACAGCAGCGAAUUCUGCUCCUCGCUUUAUGGGCACUUUUGCGCGCUGAUGCCUUCUGCUGCUAUUUUUGACCCUGCAGCAGUCUUAGUGCUGCUGCAGCAAGUGGCGCUGCAGCAGCAGCAGCAGCAGCAGCAGCCGCAGGACCAAGAGCAGCAGCAGCAAGAGGUAAUAAGAGAGCGGCAGCAGCAAAAGACUGCAGAUCUCCCGUGUCUGCAGCUGCUGGCUGAGCGGCGCAUGGCGACUGCCUGGUGUGCUGUGGGGCAGCAGUUUGCUGCUGCUGCUGCUGCUGCAUGCGCGAGCCACGCUGUUGCCGCCUUAGGAAUUCUUUCAGCUGCUGCCUCUGCUGCUGCUGCUGUCCAGGAGCAGCAGCAGCACUGUCACCUCCAGCAGCAGCAGCAGCGACAGCAGCAGCAGGCUGCAUCAACGCCUGUUGACACUGGGGUAGCAGCAGCAGCAGAAACACCCCCGUCACCAGAUGGUGGGGCAGAUGUUCAGUCUGCAGCAAAUUCUGAUGCAGCAGCAGCAGCUGCUGCAUCUACUGCUGCUGCUGCUGCUCCUGUUGUCUCCCUGCACUGGAUGACAGUGGCGCUGCUGCAGCAGGAGGAGGAAGAGCUUGCUGCGAGCUUCCUUGCUGCUACGCCGCUGCCGAGCCGGCAGCAGCAGCAGCGACGGCAGCAGCUGCAGCAGCGGCUGCAGCAGCAGCAGCAGCAGCCGCUCCAUGCAGAUACAUUGUUUUCUGUGUGCUCUGCAGUAACGGAGUUUGCUGCUAGUUUUGGGGUGGCUGGAGAUGCUGCUGCAGCGCCUGCUGCAGCUGCUGCCCUCACGCCGCAUCUGCUGCAGCAGCUGCGUAUACACUGCAGCUGCGCAUACACCGCAUUUGCUGCAGCAAAUAUGGCAGCGAGACGGCUGCAGCAGCUGCUGCCAGCGGGCGCAGCGGCAGCAGCAACUUCCGGUGUAGCAGCGGCAGCAGCAAACAACUUGCUGCUGCUGAAGGACUGCAGCCGUGAACCCAGCAGCAGCAGCUUUGCAGCAUGCGCAGCUGUAGAAAAGGAGGCGGUCCGUGCAGCAGCAGCAGCAGCAACCACUACUGCUGCUGCUGCUGCCGCCAAGCAUGAAACAGCAGCAGCAGCUCCAGUCCAGGUGCUGCAGCCAUCCACCUAUGUUUUAGAAAAGCUGCUGUGCCACACCUUCGCCUGCGAGGGGGUGGAAGCCCCGCAGCAAGCUGCAGAUACACUCCAUUUGCUGCUGCGUGCUGCGGCGCCAUUGGAAGAGUGCAGAAGAAUGUUCUCACGUGCUGCAGCAAGGGCAGCUCCCCGUGCCGCAGCAACAAGUGCAGCAGCAGCUGCAUCUGCUGCAGCAGGAGCAGCUCCCGCUGCUGUAGCAACAAGUGCAGCAGCAGCUGCAUCUGCUACAGCAGGAGCAGCUCCCGCUGCUGCAGCAAGAGGUGUAGCAGCAGCUGCAUCUGCUGCAGCGGGAGCAGCAAGAGGUGCAGCAGCGGCUGCAUCUGCUGCAGCGGGAGCAGCUGCCGCAACUGUAGCAACAGGUGCAGCAGCAGCUGCUUCUGCUGCGGCACGAGCAGCUGCCGUUGAUGUAGAUACAGGCGCAGCAGCGGCUGCUUCUGCUGCAGCAGAAGCAGCUGCCGUUGCUGGUGGUGGCGGGUACUCGAUUGCUGCUCCAGCUGAGACUGACGCAGCAGCAGCAGCAGCAGCAGCACUCAAGUCCGUUAGAUCGACAGCAAUUUCUGCUGCUGCAGUGCCAUGUGCCCCAACAGCAGCCAGCCCUAAGUCAGUCUCGCUAGAAAAUACGCAGCAGCAGCAGCAGCAGCAGCAGCAGCAGCAACAGCAACAACAUAGUGAAGAGCUGCAGGAAUUGCAGCAGCAACCCAAUCAUCAGCAACAGCAACACCAACAACUGGCCCAGCAGCAGAAACAGCAGCAGGAACAUUUUGACUUCCUUUCUUUGCUGCUGCAGCCAUCGGCACCUCGCCGACCUCGCAGCGCUGCAAAACUGCGGGAAGUGCAGCUGCAGCAGCAGCAGCAGCAGCAGCAGCAAAAUCAGGUUUUUUGGCUUGAACCAUUUGAAUUGUGA